CCGCUCCGCUGGCGCCCACCGCCGCCGCAACCCCCGGCUGCUCCCGCCGGCCGGCCGAGCCACCCACGCGGGGCUCAAAAAGAGUUGCAGCCGCCGCCUCAGAACCGGGGAGCCCCGCCGCGUCUCAGGUAGGCUUCUGCAUUCUCCCGUUGCCAUGAUGACUGUGACUUGUUAAGGCAGACCGCUGGAAAGAAGCCUGGAGCACCAGGCCAUCCUGAGACAUCCAGAAAGUGUCUCCUUCCUUGAAGUUGCAACAUCUCCUGUCUUCUAACUUCUGCUUUCCCAUCCAAGGGAAUUCUGGAAAGAAGGCGACGAGGCCUCUGACAUGUGAGGAGUUCCCUGAGGGAUUCCUUGGAGCAAACCACUGAGGACCUCAUGGCAGUGUGGACACCUUCAUCACCCGCCUGUUGACAGGAGAUGUUUCCACCACCUGUAGCAAAAUGAGCCACGGCGCCAAUUCUCACCUGGCUGAUUCUCCUCGGCUCUCCAAGAGGAGCCUACUCAGCAUCCUUGGGAGCCCGCAGCCUGAAAGAAUGAGCUUGUCGGACUCCAUGUCUCCUACUCCGAAGAGUGGCACUCCUUCCCCUGGCCCUCCGCAGCUCCCCCUGUUGAAUUCCACCUGCCACGACAGCGACUGGGAGAGCCGGGAAGAGUUGCGCUUGCGAGAACUUGAAGAAGCCCGGGCCCGAGCCGCCCAGAUGGAGAAGACCAUGCGUUGGUGGUCCGACUGCACCGCCAACUGGCGGGAGAAGUGGAGCAAGGUCCGUGCGGAGCGUAACAAGGCCCGGGAGGAGGUGCGCCAGCUGCGCCAGAAGCUGGAGACCUUGAGCAAGGAACUGACCGGUUUGAAGCGGGAGAAGCAGGAGGCCCUCAACGAGAACCAGCAGCUGGGCAAGGAAGUCGCCCGCCUGAAAGGAGAAGAGAAGGAAGAAGAGAAGGAGAAAGAGAUGGACAACCGCAUUGUCUCCGAGAAGGAGAACGAGGCCUCCCCGGAACAGGAGCCGGUGCGAGACGUGGGCUCUGAGAAGGAGGUGAAAAAUAAGUCCUUGCAGGAAUUUGAGCUGAUGGAGAACUUCCUGAAGAACAAGCAGGAAGAAGGUGAAUGCUGGGACCAACGGAGCUCAGUUAGCAUCCGUUCAUCUUUCACUCGUCACGAGAGGAAUCGUCUGCUUUGGGAAGACGUUUCGGUCAUUGAGGAGGAUGCCACCAAGAUCACCGCCCUGAAGCUACGGCUGGACGAGUCUCAGAAAGUGCUCCUCAAAGAAAGGGAGGACAAGCUGUCCCUCAGCAAGAACAUUGAGAAGCUGGAAGGUGAACUGAGCCAGUGGAAGAUCAAGUAUGAGGAGCUGAACAAGAAUAAGCAGGAGGUGCUAAAGCAGCUGAACAUUCUCAAGGAGAUUCACCAGGAUGAGCUGGGACGCAUCUCUGAGGACCUAGAAGACGAACUGGGGGCUCGCUCAAGUAUGGACAAGAAACUGGUGGAGUUACGGUCAGAGAUGGAGCGUCUCCAGGCCGAGAACGCAGCCGAAUGGGGCAAGCGAGAACGGCUUGAAACGGAGAAGCUGAAUCUAGAACGGGAGAAUAAGAAGCUGAAGGCCCAGAUUGAAGAUCUGGAGGAGAUCCUGGCACGGAAACGAAGGCAAACCACUUGUGCCCUUGACACGGAUUUCAAGACCAUCCAAGCGGAGCUGUUUGAGAAGAAUAAGGAGUUGGCUGACCUGAAGCACGUCCAUGCCAAGCUGAAGAAGCAGCACCAGGAGAAGAUGGCCGAACUGGGCCACACGAUCCGGCGAGUGGAGCAGCACGAGGGAGAAGUGAAGAAGUUGCGGUUACGAGUAGAGGAACUCAAGAAGGAGCUGGCCCAAGCGGAGGACGAGCUCGAUGAGGCGCAUAACCAGGCCCGCAAAUUGCAGAGGUCGCUGGAUGAGCAGACGGAACAGAGUGAAAAUCUCCAAGUUCAGCUGGAACAUCUGCAAUCCAGACUUCGCCGGCAGCAGAACCUGCCUCUCUUUGGGAAGAUCCGUGGGUCACGCUUUGGUCCGGACGAGCCCGGAGAUUGUACCAGCGACUUGGAUGAAGACGAAGACUUGAAAAUCCAAGUUCCGUAGCAGCUGGUUGUCCAAGCCUGGAGUUACUGAAGGUUGCAUCUAAAAAGCCAGGAAGUUGUGGAGCUGAGCUCAUUGGCUCUUGGGCGAGAUAGUUGCUUGUCCCACCUUUGAGCCUCUUCUUUCACCUGACUUGAAAGAGCUUGACUUCAAAGAGCUCUAGACAGAUAACGUUAGCUGUCAUGCGCUGGUCUUCAUCAGAAGAAGAUUUGUGGAGAAGUUCUGAGAAACUUUCUUGAAAGUCAUACCCCCAUUUCUCCGUUUUCUUCUCCUAGUUCAGCCUCAAUCCAUCAAACACCACUGAGACUAACAAGCGCAAAAUACUAUAAGCUUCACGUAACCCAAAGCAGUGAGAACCAUCUCCUCCUGGCAUGGAGAGAACAUGUUUAACCACAACUCUACAGCCUUAAUUUCUCUCCCAUUUAAACUGUCUGCAAAUGCUACUUCCCUUGAACUUUCCAAUUCUUCAGAUCCAUGAUUUGGGGAUGAGCUCACCUGAAGCAGCAGGCCAAGGAGGGAACCAAAAUGUGGGAGAGAACAAGUCAGGUUCUUUGUUACCAGAGGUCCCGCUGAGUCCAUCACCUCUUUCCCCCAAACCAACCAGUCCAAAAUCUUCUGACAUACCCAUCCCUCUGUAUCUCAUGAGGUCUGAAGAGAAGGCAAUGGAGGCACCAGAAAAUCUGAGAGGUGGAUUUUUCCAUCUUGUUAGCAUAUAUAUAUA